GCGGUCUGUUCACGAGCACAGUGCUCCACAUUGGAAAGCCGAAAGAGAGCAGGAAAUAAGCGAAAACGAGAGAGCGAUAACAGCCAACAAAAAGCAACAAUAUCGCCAGACCAGAGCAUACCGUUUGAUGUAGCCUUCCUUUUGGGGGAUUCGACUGGCACCGGCAUCAGCAGGCAGAGUGAGCGAAAGAGUCUCGCGCAAUGAAUGGGAAAACAGAGACCAUCGCAGCAUCCUCCCAGGAAGCAUUGCGAGGGGAUGGAAAACGCUUACCGUCCCUCGCCGGCGUCCCGCUUUUCACCACGCUUUUCCGCGCGCACGAUGUACAUAAACGACCAAUAAGGGAGGAGUUAGCUUAGGGCUUACAAGUGGCAAAGGUAACAAAUGUGGACUUUCGACAUCAAGAGAGGACGAAUCAUAGAUUUCCGAUUGCAUGAAUUUUCGCCCCGAUCGUCAGUCGCUGUCAGCGAGAAUACACAGGCGGCCGUCAGGCAGCAGCACCAGCAUAGCAGUGUGACGAGGCUUCGGUGUCGAAAGAUUGGCAGUUGUGUCAACGGAACUGGCGAAGGUGCUGUCUGGUACGGCGUGGUCGAUUUGACGGAGUGAUUUCUAGUAGCAGCGCGAGCGACCGUCGCCGAAGGUGUUGAUGGAGCCACUGGCAUCCAUACCGUCGGCUUAAUGCAGUGUAUUGUUGAUGAGCAGGAGUGAUUGGUUCUUGGGAAGCCUUCACGGAGUUCAAGUGAAAAAGUGCUGAAUAGCUGACUGUUUCUUGGUGGAUGACGCUCGACGGUAGAAAUACGUACAUCGAAAAAAACAAUCGCUUGAGGUCGUCCUCUUUGUUGUACGGAGGUAUGCGACUGCACUUUUUGCAUUGUAUGCUGCGUGAGUGCAUUCGUUGGAAUGUGAGUGGUACAUACGAGUCGGAAGUUAAUUAGAUUGCGAGCAUAGUGCUGCGUGUUCCCGUACCGCUUGUAGCUUAUGAAGUGCGUUUACUGGACAACAUCAGGGCUUUGUGGUGUGAUUCCAUAGACUCGGACAGUUUUUAUUUUAGUUAGAGUGUUUUUUUAGAAGCAGAAUAAGGGAAAAAAAUCAAAUCAGUGCAAUCAGCGAAUGUGUGACUGUAGACAGUGGGAAGUAUUGUCGAUUGACGCGGGUUCUAUCGUCAGACUCGUCAGUAUGGAUUAAUAGACAUUUAGCGAAUAGGCCUGCGGAGUUGCAUAUUCCUUGGAUGUUCUCAUGUUGAUACCGAACAAACACGAGCGAGACUAGUCUAAUCAACAACGUCAAGAGUCAAUGGAAUGGUAAUAGCAGCACAUCAAGCCGGACAGAGUGUGUGUGCAAUUGAUUUUGAAUGUUUCGGUUCAGCAAGAAAAACGAUAACAUGGACAGCUCGACGGUACUGCAGGAUAAUAAGAGUGGAUUCAGCAAAGGUUCCAUCGCGGAUUUCUACGAUAAGCUUGAUAAGGAUGAAGGAGGUCGUACGUUCGGCAUUGAAGAUGCAGCUCAUGGAGGAUUAUCACGCAUUGAGAAUGGAAUGUCCGGCAAAGGAGAACAUCGCGGAUCGCCUAUUUCGUGUUACUCACCCCAGAACCGAUUGUUGCCCUGGCCUCCGCAGCAUGCCAACGAAAGUCAGAGCUCCUCAGCCAGGAAGGCUCAGAAUCUCGGUCUGAUUUGUGUUGUAUGCGGAGACACGAGCUCGGGGAAGCACUACGGCAUAUUGGCAUGCAAUGGGUGCUCGGGGUUCUUCAAGCGCAGCGUCCGGCGGAAAUUGAUCUACCGAUGCCAAGCAGGAACUGGAAGCUGUACAGUGGAUAAAGCGCACAGGAAUCAGUGCCAAGCGUGUCGAUUAAAAAAAUGCCUUACGAUGGGAAUGAACAAAGAUGCCAUACAGUGCAUCGUAGGGAGUUUGAAGCAGCAGAUGAAAGGAAUUAUUGACGUAUUUGCUGUGCAAAACGAGCGUCAACCGCGAAAUACGGCAACAAUCCGACCGGAAGCGCUGCGGGAUAUGGAGCAGGGUCGGGCCUUGCGAGAAGCGGCCGUAGCCGUCGGAGUAUUUGGGCCUCCAGUUUCAUUGGCGUUACUGUCACCGUCCCGCUACGGUCCCAGCAUUCUGCCAACACCCGCCUUACCGACUAGUCAAUUUCUGCACCAUCACAGCCAGGUGUCCUCGCUGGUAAAUAGUCUACCGCAUCACCAUCCCCACCAUCCGCACCAUGCCGCCAUGCACGGGCUAGCGAACGGUCUGUCGAUGAAUCUCAACGGUGUCGGUAUGCCGGGACACAAUGGCACGUCCGGCUUGGUACAUUCGGCUGGAAAUAGCUCCGAUCGGGACCGAGACACCGUAGUUCCUAUGAACAGUAGCAGCGGCGAUAGCAACAACAACAAGAACCCUUCGUCUGGCUCGACCGAGAACCUCAACACGGCAUCGUCCUCGAACCACUCGAUGGCCGGUGAUCAGUCGCCGAGUGGAGCAGGAUCACCAGCGCACGGGACAUCGGUGAACGGACUCGGGACGGGUGGUUGCCCAACCGGUGGUUCGAGCAUGGGAGCCGAGAAGCAUCCCCAUCACAGCUCGUCUUCCUGUGGAUCGGCCAGUCCUAUUCUGGAGCAGGACAACAUGAACGAUAACGAUGAUGAUUCGAUAGACGUGACCAACGAUGAGGAUACGGAUCCGGCACAAAAUAACAACACCAUACCGAGCCUGAUGAACCAUCCGUUUUAUGGACAGGGACCUAUGUUCAACUUUCAAGAAACCAUCUAUGAGACCAGUGCACGACUCCUGUUCAUGGCCGUUAAAUGGGCCAAGAACCUGCCCAGCUUUGCUAGCCUUACGUUUCGGGACCAGGUUAUCUUGCUGGAAGAGUCUUGGGCCGAACUGUUCCUACUGAACGCCAUCCAGUGGUGUAUGCCGAUUGACACCACCGCAUGUACGUUGUUCUCACUGAACGAACACUGCAACAGUGCAAACAACUCGGGCUUCUUCAAACCGGGACAGCUGGCACAGGACCUAAGAAUACUAAACGACACACUCUGUCGCUUCAAAUCAGUGCUGGUGGAUCCGGCCGAGUUUGCCUGCAUGAAGGCCAUCGUGUUAUUUCGCUCGGAAGCGCGAGGUCUCAAAGAUCCGGUACAGAUAGAAAACUUGCAGGACCAAGCACAGGUAAUGCUGGCCCAACACUCGCGGACACAAUUCCCGGGACAGAUUGCAAGGUUCGGUCGGUUGCUGCUGAUGUUACCCUUGCUGCGAGCGGUCAAUUCGCACAAAAUAGAAUCGAUCUACUUUCAGAAAACGAUCGGCAACACGCCGAUGGAGAAGGUGCUAUGUGAUAUGUACAAAAACUAACGACACCCGAUACGGUCCUCGGUACGGUGCGGGAUGGUGCAAAUGGUCUGCAGAAUUUGGCGUGGAGGAUGAAGGAAGCACAUAGGAAGGGGAAAUGGCACAAACCUAGCACAAACGAUUCGUAAAAUGCCUAAUUUUUCUAUACAGCGCUGAAAUUUGGAAAAAAACAAGUUGACCAGAGCUCCAUUUCCUCACAAAUGAUUUAGAGUGGUGCGUGAAUUUACUAAUCAAUAUGCAGUCGUCGUCGUAAUAGUGCGUUCAAUUGAAAUAAUUUUGUGUGUCACCCCAACUGUCCGCAUCGGUUCGAAGUUGAGUGUAGGAGGACUUCCUGUGCUGGGUGGGGAAGUUGGUAUGGUCAGACGCAGAAUCACUACGGCCGAUAUGUGCUACCUUCAUUGGAACUGAUUAGAGCAGCGAUCGAGCUGCAACAAUUUGGCGCACGAUAAGAGCGCACGGGUUUAUAGUGCAAAAUAUAUGAUUAGUUCCGUAACUCAUCUGCUACGAGCACGUACGCGUGUGGUCACAUUAGAGAAUUGCACCUUCGAAUGCGCAUACGCUAGCAAUUUGUAAUUACGGUGAAAAACCACCAAAUAGAAUAACAAUUAUGCGAAACCAAAGGCCCUGGUCGGUGCGAUUGAGAAACAGUAGCCCUAAAUUGGUCGACGGUUUGCAGAGCGAGGUAUGAGGCUUGAUUUUAUUUUGUGUAUUUCUGAUUAGAUUUUAUUAACACGCACUGAUGUUCCGUUCUAAUGACAGCACAUAAAGAGUGUUGCGUAGUUUCAGUUUAGUCUCUUUUGGGGAUUAUUUUCUAUUGAUUUCAUAUGUGCACUGGCGUAGCUUCAAUGAAUGCAAUUGUAUGUGUUUGAAAGUAAAUGAAUAAAUCAGUAAUUGUUUAACAA